AUGAAUCCUAUUGACACAAGAUAAAUAUUGAAUUGGGAUCAAGUGAAGGUGCAUCUACAACCAAAUUUAUGUAUAGAAUGCUAAUAGGUUCCUUAAUAACCUCUUUAGUGUUAUAGAUGUUCAAAAUUACUAUGCUAAACUUGUCAUGGAGAUCUAAAAUAGAAAUCAAGAGGGCCAAAAAUAUUUUGUUAGAAAUGCAAAGCACUCAAUUAUUUCAAUCCUGCUAAUAAUGCUAUUUAUCAGAGUUACAGGGAUAUGAUAAUAGGAUGUGUAAAUCGACGAUAUGGUUGUAAAGUGACACUGGACUACAAAAAAUAUUAAAAGCAUGUUGAAGAAUGUGAAUUUUAACGUAUUCCAUGUCCAUCACCAGGUUGUUUUGUUACAACAUUAAAACGAGCAAAGGGCGAUCAUUUAUAGGUAUGUGAAUAUGUGAUAGAAACAUGUUAAUAUUGUAAUAAGUAAUUCAAUCGUAAAUCUAUGACUUAUCAUCAAGUAUGAAUUUGUUAUAAUGAAAUGAUAGGAAAAAUGUAAUGGAAAGGAUGUAUAAUAGAUUGAUUUGGCAUCACUAAAGUCGGACUUCCUACGACUAAGGAGUAAAUUGGAUGCAGCCAUUUCAUAAUUCGAGUAAUCAGCAGAAAUUGCUAUACUAGAAUAGAAGGUAAUCAAAUAGUAGUUAGAGAUCUAACAAUUGAAGAAUAAUAUUAAUUAAUGA